GCUGUUGCGCCCUCAAGCCCCGUGUUCUCGGGGUUAUCAGCGUAUAGGCUUAUUCGGACAUCAGAGGCCAUCCUAUCUGCUAGGAAGCGGGUGCCGCCCUGUGGUGUCAUUCACGUCAACCGCUACUCUAUCUCCUAGGACGGCUUCUAUUGACGCUCUUGCUUGGACCAACACAUUCGCGUUACUGAACUGCGGCUCGCGAGCAUUUGGUAGAAUUAAAGGGAGUGCAGAAAGGAGCUUAAAGGGCACCACGUCAGGAUUUGAAGCUCAAGAUAGAUCCGAAACCAAUUGAAGCUAACUCGGAGCAAUGUCGAAGCAGUCAUAGGCAUGAGUCAAAGAUCUCACAUUCUGCCCAAUCGAUCCCAGUUGCCCAACCACUGGGAGUAUCUUCUGAAUCGUUGACUAGCCCUGAACAGGUCAGGCCGGCAUCAAAUGGCUCCGCUCGGCCAGGGUCUAGAAAGCCCACCAACACUGUCAGAUUUCACUCACCUGUUGCGAGUUUAGAUGCACAGGUUUCACUGGGGUCGCCUGGUCAGCCGAGUGGUUUGCAUUCGCACGAUGGUCCUACAGUGUUUCAACAAAAUGUAACGCAGGAGUCACAUGAACACCGGCAUUUGCAUGCUCACAGGAUCCCUUUGUUUUAGCGCAGGCCCAGAGUACAGUGAACCAAGCUAGGGACCCUUGGAGAUGAAGCUGUUAACUUUGCAAACACAACUAGGCAAGAAGCCUCUAGUGAGAUCCUACUGGCCCAGCAUCAAGCCGAAGAGUUUGCGCGAACCGCCGUCCAAGAAGCUUCUAGCAAGAUCCAGAGGGUCCAGGAAGAAGCCCGGGAAAGUGUUGAGGAUGGUAGGGCUGCGACCCAGAAGCUUUUUUAGAGGGUCAGCCAAUUCAGGGCGAAGCCAGGGAGGAAGUGGAAAUGGCUAGAAAUUCGACCUUGCAGGAAGCCGACCAAAAAGUCCAGCGGAAGUCGAUGAAGCCCAUGCCCAGUCUACUCUAGAGGUGGAUCAGGCAAGGGCCCAAGCCCAAGCAAAUGUUCAGGAAAUUUUGGGACAAACCCAUUCGCGCAUUUCAGCCUUGGAAGAUCAACUCAAAGAGGUAAUCAAGGUUAAUGAAAUGUUGCAAUCCAAUGUUCAGGCCAAGGAUCAGAGGAUUCGUCAGCAAGCAGCCAUGAUUGAGAGGUCACUCCAGAAACUCGAGACCAGCCUGCCUACGAAUGGCGCGGAUCAGUUAUAUAUCGGCAGUCUUAAGGAAACAAGGACAGCGUUUAUCCACCUUGAUUGACGCCAAUGUCCGAGAGCUUAGUGCCAAAGCACUGCAGCCAGAAGCACUUGCGAAGCAGAAUCAUUAGUCUUGACGCAGGCUUGUUCGGCGAGGCGCUACCGAUGCAAGAACUUGCCGAAAUGAUUUUAGAUAGGCCAGGAAAAUCUGACUUGUGCGCAGGACAACGCGUCAGUGAUCCAAAUCGUUCAUGAAUGGAGCUGGAAUGCACGAUGGAUGAGCAGGAUGUGGUCGUCCUGGAUGCUGGAUCUGGGUUCUUGAAGGUCGGCUUCUGUGGAGAAGAUGCUCCUCGAGCUGUGCUUCCAACUGUGAUGGCCACUGCAACGGCAGACGAGAACAGAGAGGAUGAAGCAACUGCCGUCUCUGGUGAUGCGCAAAAGAAGAGCCAAGUCUUCUACGGUGACGAAGCGGUACUGCAGGAGAAUGCUGUCAUUACUCGCCCAGUACAGAGGGGAGAGCUCCAACUUGCAGCCGCAGAGAAGGAUGCUAUGGAGAACUUGCUCGAGCAUGUCUUUCGAAAUGUGCUUAGUGUUGAGCAGGAGGAUUUGCCUUGCCUCAUUGCUGACACCAUGCCACUGGGCCAAGGUUCUUAUGCCACACGCCAGUGGAUGGCAGAGGUGAUGUUUGAGAAAAUAAAGGUCAAGUCACUUGCCAUCUUCAACACAGCGGCCUUGAGUUUGUUCUCAACUGGACGCACCCGUGGAUUAGUCGUGGAGAGUGGCGAGGGAAUCACACAAGCAGUGCCUGUCUUUGAAGGCUAUGCGAUACCUCAUGCGAUCUUCAAAAUGAAGGUUGCUGGACAAGAUAUCACUCACCGAUUGAAGAGCUUGAUGGCCGAAGAGCUUGGGGAGCCUCAGAGUUACCGAACAAUGCAGGCGAUGAAGGAGAAGGUUUGCUUUGUAGCACCAUCUGGCAGUGGUGGCAUUCCAGCUGCCGCGUCAGACAGUGGGGACGAAGAAGCAAGGUCAUUUGAACUGCCCGAUGGCAAGAUAAUUCAGGUGGGUGAAAAGAUCCGCACUGGAGCCACGGAGAUCCUUUUCGGCGGCGUGGAAGGAGAGGCCUCUAUGCAGAAGAUUUGCAUGGAUGCAGUGAACACCGUUGACCUGGACUUCCGACAGGAUCUUGUCAAAAGUGUGGUUGUUGCUGGUGGGACCUCCAUGCUGCUAAAUUUGGCACCAAGACUGAGGAUGGAGCUUAAAGGUGCAUUGGCAGCAGAUCUGUCACGCACAGUGGAGGUGGUGAGUGAUUCCCAGCGUCGAUUUGCAGCCUGGAUUGGCGGUUCAAUGUUCGCAUCGCUUUCCACCUUUGACCAAGUGGCGAUCACCAAGCAGGAAUAUGAAGAUGGCAAAGCAGAUGUGCGCAGCCUGGUGGCCCGAAAAACAUUUUGAGGCCUCGAGGCGGCCUUGCUUUGUUUCACGAGCCGGCUCUUCGUCAAAUUCGCGGAGAGCGCAACACGUGAGACGACACCACCGUGUGGACUGAUGGUCUCACCGAUCCAA